AUGUCGGAAUACGAGAGCAAUCCUGGCUGGCAGUAUUUACGCCAACGACAACAGCAGGUUCUGAUAACAUCAAAAAAAUUUGAUUCUAAGAAGAAUGUUUGGGUGCCAGAUGAAGAAGAAGGUUUUAUUGCUGCCGAGAUUAAAUCAACAAAAGAUGAUUUUGUUACUCUUAUCACUUGUAAAGGAGUUGAGAAGACUUUGAAAAAAGAUGAAACGCGAAAAAUGAAUCCACCAAAAUAUGAGAAAACGGAAGAUAUGGCGAAUUUGACAUUCUUGAGUGACGCAUCUGUACUUCAUAACUUACGUGAACGAUAUCUCUCUAUGAUGAUAUAUACCUAUUCAGGCCUAUUCUGUGUGGUCAUUAACCCCUACAAACGUUUACCAAUCUAUACUGAAAAUAUUUGCGAAAUGUAUAUUGGAAAACGGCGCACUGAAAUGCCGCCCCAUCUAUUUGCUGUUUCUGACGAAGCUUAUAGAAAUAUGAUUAACGACCACAGAAAUCAGUCAAUGUUAAUCACCGGUGAAUCAGGAGCAGGAAAAACAGAAAAUACAAAAAAAGUUAUAGCCUAUCUUGCAAUCGUUGGUGCACCACAUCCAUCUAACAAAUCGGAGAAGAAUAGGAGAGAAAAUGCUUCUUCUAUUGAAGAUCAAAUUGUGCGCACUAAUCCGGUACUUGAAGCAUUUGGAAAUGCGAAAACUGUGCGGAACAAUAAUUCAUCUCGUUUUGGGAAGUUCAUUCGAAUUCAUUUCAAUGCUGGCGGAAGGCUUGCUGGAGCUGACAUAGAGCAUUAUUUGUUGGAAAAAUCUCGAGUCAUCAAACAAGCCCCGGGAGAACGAUGUUAUCACAUUUUCUAUCAAAUUAUGUCUGGUCAGAUUGCAGGAUUAAAAGAAAAGUUGUUUCUAACACGUGAAAUAAAGGACUAUCACUUAAUUUCUCAAGCUGAGGUGACUAUCGAUGAUGUGAAUGAUAAGGAAGAAAUGCGGAUAACUGAUGAAUCAUUCGAUAUCAUGCAUUUUACCGAACAAGAAAAACAAGAUCUAUUUGCUUUGGUGGCAGGGAUUAUACAUAUGGGUGAAAUAAAAUUCAAACAGCGGCAAAGGGAGGAACAAGCGGAAUGUGAAGAUCAUCAAGAAGGUGAUUUGGCUUGCAAAUUAUGGAUGGUUAAUACGAACAAUUUCAUAUCUUCAUUAUUAAAGCCUCGUGUUAAAGUUGGACUUGAAUGGGUGAGCAAGGGACAGAAUCUUGAACAGGUGAACUGGGCAGUAGGAGCACUAGCAAAAGCAAUAUAUGCUCGAAUGUUCGCUUGGCUAAUUAAGAGAUGUAAUAAAACCUUAGACGCACAAGACCGCAGUCGUGAUUAUUUUAUUGGAGUGCUCGAUAUUGCCGGUUUUGAAAUUUUUGAUUUUAACUCAUUUGAGCAAUUAUGGAUUAAUUUUGUAAAUGAGAAGUUACAACAAUUCUUCAAUCAUCACAUGUUCGUUCUGGAACAACAAGAAUAUCAGCGUGAAGGAAUUCGGUGGGAAUUCAUCGAUUUCGGUUUAGACCUUCAAGCAUGCAUCGAACUCAUCGAAAAGCCACUUGGCAUCAUUUCAAUGUUGGAUGAAGAGUGUAUUGUACCAAAGGCAUCUGAUUUUACCUUGGCUCAAAAAGUUAAUGAUCAACAUCUCGGAAAGCACCCGAAUUUUCAGAAGCCUAAACCACCGAAAGGAAAACAGGCUAGUGCUCAUUUGGCCAUAGUACAUUAUGCAGGUACAGUACGUUAUAAUGUAACGGAUUGGCUAGAGAAAAACAAGGAUCCUCUUAAUGACACAGCAGUUGGCGUUUUGAAGGCAAAUGCUGGAAUGGUUUUGAUGACACAAAUCUGGGACGACUACAAAACACAAGAGGAUAUGACUAAUUUGGCAAAAGAAGGCAAAACGAGCAGAAAGAAAGGUAAAUCAGCUUCAUUUAUGACAGUUUCAAUGAUAUAUCGAGAAUCGUUGAACAAUCUGAUGACUAUGCUUUAUAAAACUUAUCCACAUUUCAUCCGUUGCAUCAUACCAAACGAGAAGAAGCAGUCAGGUGUAAUUGAAGCUUCACUAGUGCUCAAUCAACUUAUUUGUAAUGGAGUACUUGAGGGUAUUCGAAUCUGCCGUAAAGGUUUUCCAAAUCGCACCUUACAUGCUAAUUUUAAACAAAGGUAUGCUAUCUUGGCCACUGAAGAUGCAUCUUCUGAAAUUGAUCUCAAGCAAUGUGUUGUGAAAAUGUGUGCAACACUAGAAAGAGUUGGGACUUUGAAACCUGAAGAUUACUGCGUUGGAAAUACCAAGGUAUUUUUUAAAGCUGGCAUUUUUGCUCAACUUGAAAAGCUUCGAGAUGAAGCUUUAUCAAUUAUAAUAACCAAAUUUCAAAAUGCAUGCAGACACUAUCAAGUUCAGUGUGAUCUUCGCUGCAGAAUGCAGAAAAAAGCUGCUGUUUUGUUAUUGCAACGCAAUAUUCGCGUAUGGUGCACAUUGCGCAAUUGGAAUUGGUUCAAACUGUACGGUCGUGUCAAACUAUUAAUUAAAGGAAGCAAAAAAGAUGAAGAAUUUGAAGCAUUGCAAAGAAAAGCGAAAGAAUUGGAAGAGAACUUUAAUCGCGAAAAACAAUUGCGUAAAGACAAAGAAUCAGAAGUGGUCAAGUUGGUAACCGAAAAACAGCAACUUUUCCUUCAACUUGGACAGGAGAAAGAUAUAAGUGCAGAAGGAGAAGAAAGAGCUGCCAAACUCUUGGCUCAGAAAAUUGAUGCUGAGAAACAGGCAAGAAUAUUUUUUUUUAACCAAGAAUUGGAAUUAUGCUCACUUUUAAUUUUACAGUUUGCUUGUGUAAAGGAACAGCUUGCUGAACAGGAAGAUAGAAAUGCAAUUUUAUCAAAAGUGAAAAGUAAGAUAGAGUAUGAUAACGAAGUUCUGAAAAGUACAGUUGCUGAGCUAGAAGCGACUUGCAAAAAGCUUGACCAGGACAAGCAAGUUAAGGACCAUCAACUCCGAUCCUUGCAGGAUGAAAUAAAAUCACAGGAUGAAAUAAUUGCAAAAACUAGCAAAGAAAAGAAAAGCCAAGAAGAGAUAAGUCGUAAACUUCUGGAAGAAAUUCAAGUUGGAGAGGACAAACUGAACCAUCUGAACAAAGUACGGAAUAAAUUAGAGCAAACAAUUGAUGAGAUCGAAGACAAUUUGGAGCGAGAACGACGAAUACGUCAAGACUUUGAGAAAUCAAAACGUAAAGCUGAAGGGGAAUUAAAAAUUGCUCAGGAAAAUAUCGAAGAAUUCAUGAAACAAAAACACGAAAUGGAAAAUGCACUGAAAAAGAAAGAUACUGAAAUAGCUUCAAUGCUGAAUCGUAUAGAUGAUGAACAAUCAUCGGUAAAUAAAAUACAGCGUCAAUUAAAGGAACAAAUAGCUCGUUAUCACGAACUUGAAGAAGAGCUUCAAACAGAGCGACAAGCAAAACUAAAGGUCGAGAGAAGUCGCAGUGAAAUGCAAAAGGAACUUGAAGAGCUUAGUGAUCGUCUUGAUGAAGCAGGCGGUGCAACACAAGCACAAAUUGAAUUGAAUAAGAAACGAGAAGCAGAAUUAGCAAAGCUCCGUCGAGACCUGGAAGAAGUAUCGCUGAAUGCUGAAACAGCUAUUGCUAAUUUGCGUAAAAAACAUAACGAUGCAAUGGUGGAACUUUCCGGGGAACUGGAUUCUACCCAGAAGGAACGAAUCAGAAUGGAGAAAGAAAAAGGCACUCUACAACGAGAAAUUGAUACUUUACGGAAUCAAUGUGACAUGGAAGCUAAACAGCGCCAAAAUGCGGACAGAUUUGCUAAGCAGUUGGAAGCACAAUUAGCAGAUACUCAACUGAAAGUCGAUGAACAAGUACGAAAUCUGCAAGAAUCUAUUGCAACCAAAAAUAAGUUGCAGACUGAAGUCAGCGAUACGAGCAAGCAACUGGAAGACUGUCAAAAUCAAAUAGCAUUUCUCAAUCGUACCAAGCAACAAUUAACUGCACAGUUAGAAGAAGUGAAACGACAAUUGGAGCAGGAAUCUCAUGAAAAGCAUUCACUUAAUACACAGCUCUCAAGUUUACAACUGGAAUGCCAGCAGCUUCGUGAUGCGAUGGACGAAGAAUUGGAUAGCAAAACAGAGCUUCAAAGGCUAAUUUCAAAGGCCAAUUCUGAAGUACAACAAUGGAGAGCUCGAUAUGAGGGUGAAGGAAUGAGUCGAUCCGAAGAACUGGAAGAAGCUAGGCGGAAAUUGCAAGCGAAAGUGCAGGAAAUGCAAGAAGCACUGGAUGCAGCAAAUAGUCGCAUUAAUUCACUAGAAAAAACUCGUCUGCGACUGGCUCAAGAACUUGAGGAUGCGCAGAUAGACGCUGACAAAGCCAAUAGUUUUGCAAAUUCUUUGGAUAAGAAACAAAAGGUAUUCGACAAAACGGUUGAAGACUGGAAGCGAAAAUGUGAUAUGCUAACACAAGAAUUGGAAGCAAGCCAAAGAGAAGUGCGGGGUGCAACCACCGAAGCAUUUAGACUUCGCAGUACUGUAGAGGAAACAGCAGAGCAGGUAGAAGCACUGCGACGAGAGAACAAAGUGUUAACAGAGGAAUUGAAAGAUGUUGCUGAUCAGCUUGGCGAAGGAGGAAAAAGUUUACAUGAAUUGCAGAAACAAAAAAGAAAAUUGGAAAUGGAAAAGAAUGAACUUCAGCAAGCAUUGGAUGAUGCUGAAAGUGCGUUGGAAAUCGAAGAGAAUAAAGUUUUACGAGCACAAAUUGAAAUUUCACAAAUCCGAUCGGAAAUUGAGAAACGUGUAACCGAGAAAGAGGAAGAAUUUCAAAAUACACGAAACAAUCAUCAGCGAACUUUGGAAAGCAUGCAGGCUUCCCUGGAAGCAGAGACAAGAGGCAGAGCUGAUUUACUUCGGAUGAAAAAGAAGUUGGAAUCAGAUAUUACUGAACUAGAAGUAGCACUGGAUCAUGCUAAUCGUACCAAUGUCGAUGCUCAGAAAACCAUUAAGCGUCAUCAGGAUAACGUACGUGAGUUGCAGACUCAAAUCGAAGAUGAACAACGGCAACGUGAUGAGCUACGAGAACAAAUGAACGUUAUAGAAAGACGCGUACAAAUAUUACAAUCAGAAAAAGAAGAACUAUCCGAUACUCUAGAGCAGGCUGAACGAAAUCGGCGCCAGACAGAACAAGAAGCCGCAGAUAUAAAGGAAGCAGUGAACUCUUUAACUCAAAGUAAUUAUUCGCUGUCAGCUACGAAACGAAAGUUGGAAUCCGAAAUUCAGCAGCUCCAUAGUGAACUGAAUGAAACGUUUAAUGAACUAAAGAAUACCGAUGAACGAUGCAAGAAAGCAGUGAUGGAUGCAGGAAAACUGGCGGAAGAGUUACAAACAGAGCAGGAACAUUCACAAAAUCUUGAACGACAGCGGAAAGGAUUGGAAUCACAAAUGAAGGAAAUGCAGGCUCGUUUGGAUGAUGUAGAAACAACUGCCUUAAAAGAUGGAAAACGUAUCUUAACUAAAUUAGAUCAACGUGUACAUGACCUUGAGAUAGAAUUGGCGGAUGAAUGUCGACGUCACGCGGAAACUCUCAAAAACUAUCGCAACAGAGAACGAAAAGUGCGCGAACUUCAAUUCCAAGUAGAUGAAGAUAAAAAGAACAGCGAACGAAUGUAUGAUCUCAUUGAAAAGAUGCAAACAAAAAUCAAAACUUACAAGCGGCAAAUAGAAGAAGCGGAACAAUUAGCCACUCAGAAUCUUGGCAAAUAUCGGCAAAUGCAGCAUAUGCUUGAAGAUGCUGAAGAACGCGCUGAUACUGCCGAAAAUUCGUUGGUCAGGAUUCGAGCUAGAAAUCGUUUUAAACCUCAGUCUGUUGGGGGACGCAUCGCACAUUCUGUACCAUUUUUAAUGUAUUCAAUAAAACUGAAAAUUAAGAGCAAAGUAUCAAAUGUUGGUAUCACAGCACAUCCUUCGAUAGCUUCAGAAGAAUCCUAA